AACUGUCCAGACUGAGCAGAGGCUAUUAUUUUAAAAGAGUGGAGUCUACAAAGAUACUAGCCUAUAUAGGACUAUACUCGUUGGCUUCGUAGGCAAGAAGCUAAAACAAAUCUGUAGGCUAUUCAGGCAACUUGGCUCUACAUCAACAAUGGAGAAGUGGAAGAGUCACGUGCGUGGUGAAUUGUUCAAAAGAGACUACAUUCAGAAAGAUCCAUUUCAUGGUCUAUUCGUUUCACUUUCAAGUUUGGAAGAAAAAGUUGAUCUCCGAGAUAAACUAUUGGACGGUCUUCAGGGUUGUGUUGAAAGACAUGGAUGUGGAGCAUACGAUGAUCUGUCACUCAAGCAUCAGCUGGCACUGAGGGAAAGUGAACAGGACAGAAUGAAGUUCAGAGAACAGCUCAGAGACCUCACUGCGGCCUUGUAUCUUAAAGAGGCAGAACUGCAGUACUGCCAUGCACAGGUUGUCCGUUUCCGCAAUGAAGCUUUGGUAUUUGGCCGUGAAAUGGCCACUUUGAAGACCAACAUGGCUGACUACGAGUACUCCCUGGAGCUGCAGUCCAAGGAACUGACCUCUCAGAGAUGGGAGCUGGUGGCUCUAAGAAAUGAGCUCUCUGCUGUUCGGCAGGAGAAAGAGGAACUUCUGGAGCGCUGGAUGAAAGAAAAGAGACUGGAGGCAAGCCGGGUUAAUAAAUUCAAUCAAAUGCAAGAAAGGUGGCAUCGUUUUGCUGAACAUAUGGGCACCCCUACCCAUCCAGAAGCUCAACAGCUACAUCCAGCGGAUGGUGAACAAGAUCUGGAAGAUGAACCUUCUGUCAUGAAGAGUUAAUUUCAGUUGGUUGCAAUUUGUAGUGGUUGCAUAACCAGGACAUUUUAAAAUAAGUUUUUACCUGUGUAUGUUUGCACAUUUUAAAAUAUUUAUUUACAGGAUGGGGUAUGCUAUUGGACAUGCUUAAUGGACUUGUAUUUGUGAAUUUUGCAAUUGUAAGUAGGUGCAUUAACUACUGAAUAUGUUAGAAAUGGCUGAUACCUCAUUUCAUUUUCAGAUACCUCAACUAUUAUUUUUAUGAUGGAUUUGAUUAGCAUGUUUCUGACUUAAAACUAAUGUACUAAUUCCUUACUCACUUCUGUGCAUUUAAGUAUUAUAGGUCUUAUUUGCUAAUUUCUCUUCAUUUAGUCUGCAGUGAUAGCAUUUCACUGAGCCUUAGAAAAAUGUUUUUCUAAAAAUACAACAAAAUGAAAACAUUCAGCAUAAGUUUUAGAUUUUCUCACAUUUAAUUAGAAAAUUAAAUA